UCUGGUAAACAGGGCUUUAUAAUUCAAAAUUAUCUUAAAUUAUCUUAUACAAUUGUAAACUUUUUAACAGUGCACCCUUCCACAAAAUAAUUACUCUUUUUUUUGUUCGAAUAGAACCUCUUGGGAAGUUACAGGUGCCACUUUUAAUGUACUAGCAUUCUAGCAUUCCUGUUCGUCGGUUAAGAUUCACGACGUAUAAAGGUAAUCUUUGUAAAACACAACUAACAUAAAGAGCCAGGAUCGCACAUGCGUAGAGGAAAGCUGUCAAUUAGUCGAAAUUUUCACAAUUCGUAAAAAACCGUUUAAGGAUGAAUUAAAUUAUAAAAAAAAAUCAUUCAACGAGGAGCUCUCCAUUCUGGCCAAAAGUACUGAAGACGAACACGAUGCACUCAAUGCGUAAGCUGAUUAGCUGUCUGGCGACGCGUCUGUCCCUGUUGAAAUCUCCCAUACGAAGGGCCAGCGGAAGCAAUAGCUUUCCUGAGCUUUCCAUCGCCGACGACGAGGAGGAGUUCGAGCCCGAGCACAACAAUAAUAUACUGGAGCCGCAAUAUCCGAUACUGCGCAGCCAUAACACCGACCUCUUUUACAUGGCGCAGUGCGUGGGUCCGGCAUACCAGGGCCUCAUCUCAUCAGCGGAUCUCCCAUACACCACCUCCUACUGCCCGUCAGAUGUGGAAUCCCAUGACAAUCAAGAUUCACUUGUUGCAAAGCCAAGCGAUUUGUGGGUGCUACCCUGCCCCAAGCUGCUAAUGAAAAACAUGCGCCACUUGUUCCACCACCCGUACGCCCACUUGCACAGCUGUAUGAACGUCAGUAUGGUGGGAAUGCGGUUCGAAGAAGCUGAUGUCGAUAGGGCCCUUCGCUCGUUCGUUCUUAUCGCAAGCCACGAGGUGUGCGAAAUCAUGGACAAUGGCUACUGGGCUGACUUUGUCAAUCCACUGACUGGCCGCGCCCACUUCUGGCCCGCACAAUCCACACGGAAGCAGUGCCGGGAUGCGCAGCUCUUAGGCCACGGCAUGACCCUUACCAAAUCCAAUGGUUGUACCGUAAUCGAGAAGGCGGAGGGCGAUCAGUUCACCGGCUACAUCUUCACGGACAUGCCGUGCAAGGUUUUGGAUACUUGGUUCUCGUCAGGGAUCAUGGACGAUUUUUCCUAGCUGCUCAUGACGCAUCUCACUGCUUGUGUUUACAAAGAAAAACCAUUUUAGGAAGCACCAUUUCAUGAUUAACAAUCAACAAAGUCAACAAAUUUUACGUAGUCAAGUUAGCGGAAAGGCAAAGUUUCGAUUUAUGGCGAAUCCCCCAAGUGGUCCAAUCAAUGUUUGGUAAACAUAAAAUUAUAAUAAUAAGAUGUAACUUUCUAGGGAACGUGGCUGGGCAGUCGCCCAAUUAAAGACAGGAAAAAAUAAAUUCAAGAAUCGUUAGUUGAGGAUUUAUACAAUGUUACAAUUUUGAAGAAAUAAAUUUUCAAUCUACA